AACGGGUUUGAACACAUUGUUUAUUGCUUUAAAUGUGAGUUAUAAAUGUAUAUUAUUCUUUACAUCAUUCUUCACUUUUCGGAAAACUGUGGGAUGAUAUUAAAGCGAAAGAAGAGUAAAAACUAUUAGAUCAAAACUUCAAAAAAGGGCUGACUCUAUUGUAUGGGAGAACCGUGAUGCACGUCAUCAUCAGUUUCCUAGUUUUGGGCACGUACUUCUUAUGCUGCUAUACUCAGGAUUCUUUCACACCAAAUGGCUAUGUGUUUACGAGUGCAAGAACUCUAAAGAAGAAAAAUAAUAAUGAAUUGCACUUACGUAGAUUUGGAAACUUGGAGUCAGGAUUCAUAAAUAUUUCUCUUUUGUACAAAGCAAACUAUUCUGCUGAGGAAUAUCCACAUGUAAUUAAACAAUUCCCUAUACCUGAAGGAGAAAGAUAUUCAACACUAAAUUUUCCGUUAGAUGAUUUUGAAAGUGCAUCUAACGAAGGAAAAUUAAAAAUAAAUGGCGAAUUCGGAAGUUAUGCUUUCAAUGGUAUUGAUGAGGUAAAGUUUGACAAACCUGAUGAUAGCAUAGUUAUAAUUCAAACUGACAAACCCCUGUACCAACCAGGACAAACAGUGAAAUUUAGAAUAUUGAGACUGGAUAAAGAUUUCAAACCAACCUAUAAGAAUAACAUAGCCAAUGCAUUUGUUGUUGAUCCAAAACAAACACGCUUGUUCCAAUUCAAUGACAUUAAUCUUCAGAAAGGUAUUGUUCAAUUCGAAUUUACAUUAUCCGAAGAACCUGUUCUGGGAUACUGGAGAAUCGAAGUCAAAAUAGCAGAUUCCUCAUAUUCUACGGAAUUUCACGUCUCAGAAUAUGAACUGCCUACCUAUGAUCUUAAAAUUAAUUUCCCUUCUUACACACUAUCUACUGCGGAAAACAUUCCAGUAGAAAUUUGUGCAAAGUAUACAUACGGCAAACCAGUGCAAGGUCUCUUAAAUGUAACAGUGUAUUCAAUGCACAAUUAUUAUUAUAAUUCAAGAUAUUCGAAGAAACCAAGACCAGAAAUAAAUAUUUCUGAGCAUAUAAGUGGUUGUUACAACUUCAAUAUAUCAGUUCCCGAUAUCGAACCAGACGGGAAGUACUACUAUUCUGAUAUAAAUGUAUAUGCAACAUUUGGCGAAGAUGGCGAAAUUGAUGAAGAUGGUUCAGGUACAUUUAAGGAAGACACGAAAUAUCUUUCACGGACAACUCAUCCCCUAGAACUCGAAUUUUUCGAUGGCCUGGAAUAUUAUAAGCCUGGUCUUCCUUAUAAUGGAAAGCUGAAGGUAUCAAAUCCAGACAAAACUCCUGCUCCUAAUGAGCCAAUAGAGAUAUGUACCAUAAUAGACAAACAGCGCAUUUUAGCAGUAUGGUUUGCAAAGCGGAAGAUAGAAAUAUGCUCCAACUUUACGUCAAACGCCAGAGGCAUCAUUGCUUAUACAAUUUUACCCCAAAAUGUCGAUGACGUCUCUAUAUCUCUCGAAGCGAAAUCUUUGAAAUAUCACGACAGCUCUUCUGAAAAUAGAAAUCUCAGCCUAGAACAACCCAGGACAUCAAAAUUUUUAGAUCCUUUCUAUUCGCCAUCUGGCAGUUUCAUUCAAAUUCAGCCAGUUCACGACCCCUUACCUUGCGGAGUCAAGCAAACCUUCAAGCUUCUAUUCACAGCUGAUGGUAACUCAGAAUUCAAGUUUUACUAUCAGGUGAUACACGAAGAAACUAUUGUGGUUCAUAACACAACAACAAAAACUUUUAGUAUGGAAAAAGAUGUUUCGAGUAAAUAUGAAAUGGCUAGUAAAAUUAUAGACGGAAUGGAGAUGCAACUGGAUCCACCCUCAUCUGUUGUUGGACAUUCUGCAAUAAACGAUUUCCCAUCUGUGAGGUAUCUUCCAUACAUUGGAGAAGUGGACAUUGAUGUUGAAAUAGAUCAGAAUCUAUCUCCUCAGUUUUUUAUAUUAGUAUAUUAUGUGAAAGAUAACCGAGAAAUCGUUGCUGAUUCUAUACAAGUACAGGUUGAUAAAUGCUUCAAAAAUAAGGUAAACUUUUCUUUUGCUGACAAACAAAAACAACCUGGAUUAAGCACUGAAAUCAAGAUUUCAGCUUCUCCCAAUUCUCUUUGUGGUAUAAGAGCUGUGGAUAAAAGUCUUCUUUUACUGGAUUCAAAUGAUCAGCUUACAAAAGACAAAGUUUUCGACCUUAGAAACGAUCUUUUUAAUACCUAUUACUUUGCAAGUAGCCCAUGUAGUGACAAAAGGCAACCAGGCUUGUCAAAUGACGCUUUUACAAACAUAACUCGCCCACCAGCUGGAGUCUAUGGGUCUUCCAACUACGUAGACUCUAUAGCCGCUUUUCAAAAUCCAAAACUUCUCGUCAUAAGCGACUUGUUUAUAGCUACGAGGCCAUGCAAGAAAAAUAAUGGAUAUGAUUUUUCUGUCUUUGAUGAAUUUGAUGAUGCUGAAUAUAUAACUGCGGAAUACGCUACCGGAGAAUAUUUAACAGGCGAAUUCGCUAGUUAUGAAUACGAUUCAGGUGAAGCAGCGACCCAAUCAGUGUCAGAUGUCAGAACAGACUUUCCAGAAACUUGGUUGUUUGAAUUGGAAAUGACAGGCUCUGAUGGUAUAUUUAAAGCAAAAGAGAAAUUACCUGACAGCAUAACGCAGUGGAUUGGGCGAGCAGUAUGUUUGAACACAGAAGACGGUUUAGGAAUCUCCGAUGAUACCAAUAUCACAGCAUUUCAAGCAUUUUUUAUUGAUUAUACUCUACCAUUAUCGGCUAUAAGAGGAGAAGAAUUUGAUGUUAUUGUUUCAUUAUCUAAUUACGUUGAUGGAGCAUUACCUGUAACUGUAACUCUCGAUCAUCCGACAGGUUUCACAGUUGUUAAUGGAUCUAUUAACGAAAAUAUGUGCAUUCAGCCGAAAGGGAAAACGAGCAUUCAUCUGACAUUAAAAGGUACUCAAGUUGGAAAAGUUAAUAUAACUGUGCGAGCAGAAACUACUUCCAAAAGUUCUGUUUGUGGAAAUUCAACUGUAUCAAAAGCAUACGCCAGAGAUGCUAUUAGAAAACCUCUUGAAAUUGAGGCCGAAGGAUUCUCGGAGGAAAAAGUCAUUAAUUCAUUGAUAUGCCCUGCAGAUAGCAGUAGUAAUGUUUAUAAGACGUCCGUGAUUCUUAAAACACCUAGCGACCUCAUACCCGAUUCUGCGAGAGCAUACAUAGACUUUGAUGGAAAUAUUUUGGGUCCUGCUAUCAACAAUUUGGAUAAUUUAGUUUCCUUACCAACUGGUUGUGGUGAACAAAACAUGGUCAAAUUCACUCCAAAUUACUUAGUUUUAGACUAUCUUAAGCACAUUGGUAAACUCACGGAAGAUAUCAAGACUAAGGUUAUACGUAACUUAAACACAGGAUAUCAGCGUGAGUUGACAUAUCGGCAUGGCGAUGGAUCUUUCAGUGCAUUUGGCACUUCUGAUGAGGAAGGAAGUAUGUUUUUGACAGCAUUUGUCUUGCGCUCAUUUUACGAAGCUAAGAAAUACAUUUAUAUUGAUGAUGAUGUUCUGAAGCAAAUGGAAGAUUGGAUAGUAUCCAAACAAAGGAAUGAUGGAUGUUUUCCAAAUUACGGAGAGAUUGUUCAUAUAGAUAUAGAAGGUGGUUUGAAAGAGAAGAAAUCUAACGGCAGCAUUACAGCUUACGUUCUAACUUCACUCGUCAUUUCAAACUCUACUAAUUCAACUGCUAUCAAUAAAGCUUUCAACUGUCUGCAACAAAACCCCCCAACUAACCCUUACUCUCAACUCUUGUACGCGUAUGCUGAGGCUUUGAUGGAUAAGAAAAAGGUUGCUGAGAAUCACAUUAAUGAAGCUAGACAACGAAUAAGCCGAAAUGAGGGUGUGGAUUCCUUUAUAAUUGUCAACGGAACUAAAAAUAUCGUAAUCGAAGCUGAUGCAUAUGCCGUAUUAUCGACCCUUGCAGUUGGAAAAAAAUCUUCAGAAGUUGUGGCUUACGUACGAUAUCUGACUAACAAUUUUAAUCCAUACGGUGGAUUCUCAUCAACGCAGGAUACUUGCGUUGGUUUACAUGCACUUUCGCAGUUUGCAAAACUCGUUUAUAAAGACCCACUAGAUCUGCAAAUUCAAACAUCUGGAGGACUGAAACAAAUGAUAAAAAUCAAUGAUAAAAAUAAGCUUUUGGUACAGCGUUACAAAGUAUCUGACAUUAGCAAAGGAAUUAAUAUUACAGCUAAGGGCAGUGGAUGCGGUCUUAUUCAGACCACUUUAAGAUAUAACACAAAAUUACCACCGGAGGAGAAAAAAUUUUCGAUUCAAGUGAAUGGAGAUUGUCUAGAUUCAAAUUGUAAGAAGGCUAGCAUUAAUGUUUUUGUCAGCUAUAUACCAACAGGUUUAAAAUCGGGCAUGAGCAUAGUAGAAAUCAAGUUAAUCACCGGAUUUGUACCAGUGAAAGAAAGUAUCAAUAAGGUGAAACUUAGCAAUGAUAACAAAGUUUUGAGAGUAGAUGUGGAAAAUAAUAAAGUCAUACUCUACUUGGACGAAGUUUCAAACAAAGUACAGGUCAUUAAUUUUCAAGUUGAACAGCUUGUGAAAGUGACGAAUGCCAAACCUGGAACGGCUAAAGUUUAUGACUACUACGCAAAUGAAAAUUCAUCAUCAACAAGCUAUACAAUUAACGGGACAAGCACCGACGUGAAUUCCUCCUAACAUGAACAGAAUUUCUAUAUCAGAAGACAUUUGUCAUAGUUUUCAAAAAUGCACAAGAAGGUGCAAACCUCCUCAAUUAAAUCUAUUCUUCAACUAA